AUGAAAACGAAGAAACAUGCUCCUGAACCAUCGACAAGGUCUACUCGCCAAAGUGGAAGUACGGAAACACCUUCCAACACUGCAACUUCAGACAUGGUGGUUGAAAACCGUCACCAAUUGAGACAAUGGAGACUCGAGUUUCUCCAAAAGUCGUCUACAUCAAACGUGGUUGUACCUGUGGUUGCUGUAAAAAAGGACGUGGAAGUUACCGGAUCUCCUUCGGCUUCCAAAUCACCGAAGAAAUGCAAAAAAUCAAAAAAUUCACAACCUGAAUCCGGUGAAGAAUCGUCGCCUGAAUCAAGUGAUGAUGUGGAUUCUGCAGAAAAAGAAAUUGAUGACUUUGUGGGUGGCGAUGGCUCCUGGGACAAACCAAACACAUCUGAGCAGUCUCUUGACAAUAAGGAUGGUCAGACAAUGGCAGACAACUUGUGCCAAGGGAGGUUGCUG